AUGCCCCGUACGGCUCUCUCGCUCGUUCUCGCGGCGGCUGCGGCCACUGUCACCGUCGACGCCAGACCAGACUACGUCUUUCGCAUCCCUAAUGGCGCCAACGUGGACGGCGUGAAUGCUUUGGGCCACGUGGAUCCGUCGGGCGGCGGCGCCCGCAACGCCUUCGGUCAGGACUUUGAAGCCGACGGCGAGCAGUGGGUCACGUCGCUGUGCAUGAUGGACUCGGACGGCGACGGCCAGACGAACGGCCAGGAGCUCGGCGACCCGUGCUGUGAGUGGAACCAGACGUCGAACCCGGUGACGCUCUGGUCCACGGGGCUCUCGCACCCGGGCGAGGUCUCGUCCAUGUCGAACGCGUCGUUGUGGGCCAACGUGGUCUGCAGCAACGCCACUAUGUCGAACAUGACUGCUCCGAACUCGACCGCUGGCUCCAUGAGGCCCGGGGCGUCGAACAAUGCGACCACUGCCCCAAGUGUCCCGGUGGUGUCGAGCGCGAUGACGCCUGCAAUGCUGUCGACUACGGUCCUCGUCGUUGCUGGUGUUGCGGCUGUCUUUAUGUAG